CUGAGGAUACGUAGAAAUAGGAAAACACUACAGCAAGGCUAUAGAAGCUCAUUUGACUCUCGGGCACCCAAUGUCAACAAACACCUGCUGAGCGACGCCCACCUCCUGUCAGCGGCCAGCAUGGACGCCUCUGUUGUCACGCCCACCGUGGACUUCUCCAAGGUUGAGGCCAUUAACCAGAAGAGAACCUUGGCCUUCAUCAACCACUGGGUGCUGCACACGGUGGCCUUCCUCAACCAGUUCUCUGCCAUGUGUGAGGAGCGGCUCGUGACCUUGGAGACAAAGCUUCGUCGAGCAGACCACACACUGGCCAUCCUCGAAGCCAAGCUGAGCUCAGUGCCAGACUUGGAGGGGGUAGUGGCCUCAACUGUUCCCAGUAACCAGGACACACAGACCACUUCCACCACAGCUCCUGAUGGUGGUGGUGGGUCAGCAGAAGGCGUCCAGGAGAGUGAGGCCGCCCCUGCACCACCACCACCAGCGAUGGACAAUUUCACACAGCCAGAGGGCCAGGAUGUGGUGGAUGAGGCAGUGGCUGCACCACAGCCAUCUGGCAAACCAAUCAGUGAAGACCCCAGGUUUUCACAGUACUUCAGGAUGCUGCGGAUGGGUGUUCCUGACCCGGCCAUUCGCAUGAAGAUGUCCAGUGAAGGGGUGGACCCAUCACUACUUGAUGACCCAAAUGCACCUGCUCCACCUGGGGUACCUGCAGCUGGCUCAGGUCAAGAUUCAAGCUCAGAUUCUGACUCAUCAUGGAGUGACUAGGGCUAAUGGCAGGUACAGGGCCGGUGGACAGUCAAAGGACUUUGCAUCUCCAUGGUUGACGUAAGUUUUUUACAAUGCAACAUGAAAGUAGUACCAGUUUGAUGUUGUAGUCUGCCACCCUUUCAGAAAAUAUGUAAGUAGAUACUAGUUCAUACAAGGAAAGAAGCUGGACCACCUCAAUUUUAAUCAAGCACAUCUGAAGAGCAAGUCUGAAACUAAUUGGCAUCUGCCAUCCCUCGAUGCUAUGAUAUUGCUUCCCAAAAUUCAGUUACUAACAUUCUGCACAUCAAUGAAUGAAAAACUUGAUAAGCAUUCUGCCAGCUGACCCUACCCAGACUUUGCUCACUCAGCUUGCAGUGAAAGGUGUCCACAAGCAAGGUGAUGUUAGAUAGUCUACUGGGUUUAAGAGCAAAAUUAUGAAUUGUGGGGCCACCAACUUCUGACCCUCCAAAGGUGUCCAUGAUAAACAGUAGCUGUUCUAAGUAAAUACUGGCAAUACCUGGGCCUACACAAAAGCUUUUAAGACAACAGCUGGCCUGACAUUAUGUCCUGUAAUAGUAAUACAUAAAGACUACAUACUUGCAUAAUGAUUAUUUUGAGGUGCCAGCAGCUGAAGGGAUAGUGGGGAGUAUUAGUGUGCCGAUUGUUGCUAUUAGUGCCCAAGAUACCCAACCAUCAACUACCUCAGUGCUGCCACAUCAUUAUUGAGGCAAAAGAUGUUUAUACCAGGCUGAUAGAAUGAUACAGGCUGGACUCUACAACCAUUCUGUAAUUGAUAUAGAGGUGCCUUGCAGGCUCAGGUAAUGAGGAGCAAGGCACUUACAAAAAUAUAAAUCAAAUUAUUAAAAUACAUUGAAAUUUAAGAUUCCAUGAAAUCAAUGCUUUUAUCAAAUAAAAAUAGUCAAGAAAGUGGAAAUUUGCCUUUGGAAUAGGACAGUAAAGGCUAUCUACCAGAAUGCUAAUCACAUUUAUGCCCCUUUUAGCUGCAUGUUACUAAAUAAAAAGGUAUGAUAAUAAGUACUAAGCAAUGUUCAUGUAUACAGGUGCUGUUCUGUGAAAUACUUUAAGAAAAUAUCUGUAAAUGACUGGUUAUGUAGCUAAAUCUUGUUGAGCACUCCUUAAAAUACUGUGCUCCACCAUGGCUGUAAUUAUCAUAUGAAGUGUUAACUAUGAUGCGAGUGCCAUAAGUUAUUAUGACUGAACUCAAACAGCUAAAAAACCCAAAUUCAUGAAAUAGGUAAACCACACUCCUGCAGGUGUGCAGCAAUUAACACGUCACUAUAUUUGUUGUAAGAGCUCUAACCUUUUCAGACAGAGCAGAACAUUUCUAAGUAUUGUAUUGUGUGUGAAGGCAAGAGGAAUGUAAAUACUUCAUUCCCAAGAAGUAACUGUUCAUUGGUACUAACUUUAAGGGUACGUGACCGACAGCAUACCAGUCCAGCAAGGGAAGCUUUAUCAAGCCACAAUACCAUUUAGCAUGUAAUCUCAAGUCCAGCAUUUGCCUACUUUAAGUACCAGAGUUUAUACACAACUUCCUGUACCAAUACAAUGAGUGACAUGCUUUUAAUGCAGAAACCUGUUUUGGUUUUACUUAUUAAUUUAUUACUGACGAAUGUGAUGUAAGUUUUAUCAAUGUAAAAAGCGAGGUAAGAUAUUCUAUAAUGUUGAUCUCAGGCAUAAUUUACAAGCACUUCCACUGUGCCUUAACAUUGAAGCUUUGUAAAUAUUUAAUCCAUAGGAACAAUUCAGCUUCAUUGAAAAUUAUGUAAAUAUAUCUAGAAGAAAUGGCUGUUGAUUGA